AUGCCGCCAUCCUUGCGGAAAGCAUGCCACGCUUGUACCAAAGCGAAGCGCCGUUGUCGUCCAGAGCUGCCCAAAUGCUCAAGAUGCUUGGAAAAGGGCCUUGACUGCACUUAUGACCUUGAACCAGUCACCAAUACAGAGACGAACAUCAAUUCGCCUGCCCCAUCGCGUGAACACCUAGUUCGACAACCUCUGCCUGCUGUCAUUUACGACUCCAUAGCAUCCGCCCAUGCUGCAGCAAUCCAGUCUUAUGCCCAGAAUGGCCUUGAUCAACCGCAGACACUACCUGCGGUUUCCACGCCCGAACCUUUUGCGUUGGCCUUUGAGCAGCUGAGUCGAAUCCCAUUAUCUACGUUUCAGCAUCAGUCAACGCCAUUUGUCCAUGCGCAGGUGUUGACUAGCAGCAGGACGAAACCCUUGUCUCAAUCGGAAGAGGCAUCUAUUGCCCAAGCAGCACUAGCCGAUUUCGUGCAGAAGAAACAGCCACUGAUCCUGGAUCUGGACAUCAACAAUAUAUCCUACAAAACUUUUCUGGCCUCUUUUCACGAGCUGAUGGCCCUCUUGCUUUACUCGGCAUUGGCAAAAGCCUGUGGACAGGCCGAGCUAUCCAAAUUCGAUGCCUUGCAACAUAUAUUCCAUGUGUGGACCCAACAUUUCCGCUCAAAUCUGCCACGGACCUUAGAUACUGAACCUUCAGCAUGGAGGACAUGGGCGUUCGCCGAGAGUAUCCGCAGAACCUUUAUCUUUACGACCAUGGUGCAAGUAGUCGUUGAAAUGGUCUACCAUGGCUUUUUCUACUAUCGGCCUAUGAUUGAGGCUUUGCCAUUCGACGUAAGGACAGGACUAUGGGAAGCCAACACCGAGGAAGAAUGGCGAUCCGCUGUGGUCAACGAUGGUGGAGUUGAAUGCAGUUUGAUAUCCUGGCAUGAGUUUAUAGAGAUUGGAGGUCCAGAGCCUCGGAAGCAGUACGAUGGAAUGCUGCAACGUCUACUGCUGGUAAGUAUACUUAUAGAUGAGUCCCUUUCUACGCAUUGGAGCGAUGAGUACAAAUUGCACUUCCUAAGCAUUACCACCCCUCACCAUCAAGACACUCUUCAUACUUCAUCAGCAAAAAUGGACAAAGUCAAGUCUAUCGUCACAGGCGACGCAUACGAGAAGCCAGCGAAGACCGUGGACGGAGCCAUGACGACGCAAGAUUCCUCAAACGCACACACCGUCAAAGGUACAAUCGCCGAAGGCACCGCCGCCGAGCAAAAGUUGUCCGGUGACCCGAGUGAGGUCAAACAGACAACCGCGGGCAAGGGCAGCGAAGCGGCACAGAAGGCAAAGGAGACCAAGGACCAGCACACAAACUAG